UUUCAGACAGGGAAUUGGGGUAUAAACCAACAUAGGUCUUCUCACAGCAGCAGUGUAAGACCCUCCAUACACACGGUCUCAAGCUACGGAACAAUGCUGUCCAAAUUUGUCCUUCUCGCAAUUGUGACGCUGGCCAGCGUCAGUCAAGGCCAAGCAUGUAUGCAAAGUGCCGCAAUGAGUCUGGGAGGAUGUUUUGAACCACUGAGAGCGUAUUCCAUGGGGAAUGUACCAGUCGAGAGGAUUUCCAGCUUCUGCAGAGAUGGCAGCACGGCUGUUAGCUGUAUGCACAGGCUGUUUGACGACUGUCCACAACUGAGAGUAGCCAUGAGUGGAAAUGUGGAAGUAAUUGAAAAUAACAUCAACCAAGCGUGUCUGGGUGCGCAAACAGAAGCUCCUCAGACAGAUGCUCCUGAAACAGAAGGUCCUCAGACAUAUGCUCCUGAAACAGAAGCUCCCGAGACAGAUGCUCCAGCUACAGAUCUCAACAUUGUUUCCCAAUGUUCCCCUAAGGAUGUCCGAAAAAUGCAAAGAUGCGCCAACAGACUGCAGAAAUUUAUGGGCAGAUCGAAUAUAAAAUGCGGUAAAGUGAGAAAAACCAUGGAUUGUCUGGAAACAACUACCCAACGAUGCUCUGAUAUGAUGGGCCCUGCAGAAAUGCCUCUCGAUACAAUACGCCAACAGCUCUUGCAAAACUGUGUUGAGACAAACCAGCUGCCUGAAGAAUAUACAGGUGGGCCACAGAUUGGGGAGGUGGUAGAAGAAGGUGAAGAUGGAGAAGAGGAGGGAGAGGAGGAGGUGGAAGUGUGUCCUGCUGACUUCGCCUCACGGAUGCAGAGAUGUGUGGAAGACAUGAACAGCGUGUUGACGAGGUUUAGAUCAGGGGCGGCAGACUUAGCAGAAGCAUGCAGCGCACUGACAUCUGCCGUUGACUGUGUGGGUGACUACAUGGAGGCUUGCAGUGACCGUCCAGAGGUGGAGCAACUGUCCCGCAUGCUGAACAUGGAGCAGACGAGGCGCCAUAUCGCUCAGAUUUGCACUGCGGGAGGUACUGAUGCUGGUCCUGAUGGAGGUUCUGAAGCAGGAACUGGUCCUGGAGAAGGGGACAGCGAGUGUCCAGCAGAUUUUGAGGGCAGAAUACAGGCCUGCGUGGCACCAAUGCAGGCCAUGAACCCGCAAGUCAUGGACGAUGAAGUUUGCAGUGCUGCAAACGAUGCCUUAGACUGUUUAGACGAUGUCGUGAACGCGUGCAGAAACAACCCUGACGUCCAGGCUUUUACAACCAUCAUGAAUUUGGACUCAGCCCGGCAAAUGAUCAACGACCUCUGUGAGUCGGGUACGCUACCGCCUGGACCAGGAGUUGACGCCGAUUGCCCGUCGGAUCACAGCGCAAAACUCUUGGAGUGUGUUGAACCCCUUCAGAAUAUCCAGCAAACACCGAAUAUGAAUGUUCAGGAGAUGUGUAGGGUGGCUAACACUGGCUUCGACUGUCUGGAUGACAUCAUGGGCAAAUGUGCCAACCAACCGGACGUGAACGCAAUGAGCAAUAUGCUCAACUUCGACCACGUACGGGGCAUGCUUCGUGAACAGUGUGUCGCCAAAACUGGCGGUGGAGACGACACCUGCCACGUCGCCGACCCAGCAGAGGCACUUCUCAAAUGCAACCGUGAACUGCAAAACGCCGCAUCGUCAGGUGCCUCCCUUCGACUCAAAUGUCGUGUCAUGUUUGAGAGUCUGGAUUGUUUCGACCGACUGAUCACCAACUGCCCCAGUGAUCCUAGUAUCGUCGCCUUCACAGACAUGUUAGACAUUAACGAAGUUAGAACAACCCUGUCUGGCAGCUGCCCCAGCAGAAGAUGAGAGAGGGCGUUCCUGGAGGGAGGUUCAAGCAGAAAUUCAAGCGGAAGUUCAACUAAAGGAUCAGGGUUAUAUUAAAGGAACCUUCGCUAUUGACGGCAUACAUUGUUACGCAGACAUAAUGAUCACUAGAAUAAAGGGAACAUGUUUGAAAGUU